CACUGAAGAGAAGAGGAAGCAGGGAUAUUCAUAAAGAAAAGAAGGCAUUUGCUCAGAGUUGCAGAAUGGAACUUCUUGGAAAAUGCCAAGCAGCGGUCAGAACACAAAGAAAACUGUUUCUUCAGCAUAAGGAAGACAGUGCUGAUUUGAAGUGCCAGCUUCAGUUUGCCAAAGAGGAAGCAGUACUGAUGCGUAAGAAGAUGGCCAAGCUAAGCAGAGAGAAAGAUGAAUUGGAACAAGAGCUUCAAAAGUACAAAUCCAUCUAUGGGGAUGUGGAAAGUCCUCUCCCCAUUGGAGAAGCUGGAGGACCACCGAGCACAAGAGAGGCUGAACUGAAGCUUCGUUUAAAAUUAGUGGAAGAAGAAGCUAACAUAUUGGGCAGAAAGUUAGUAGAACUAGAGGUGGAAAACAGAGGAAUUAAGGCUGAGAUGGAGGAUAUGAGAUGCCAGUAUGAAAGAGUAUGUCUUAACCAGGAACGUGUUUCAAGCAUUCCUACCUCACCUUAUGGUGACCCUGUGGAAUCAGCUGCAGAGUUGCGUCAUCAUUUGCAAUUUGUAGAAGAAGAAGCAGAACUUCUUAGGAGAUCAAUCUCUGAAAUUGAAGAUCACAAUAAGCAGCUAACGAAUGAAUUAAAUAAAUUCAAGUUUGACCCUGGACAAGAAUCUGGUUGGUUUGAUGAAAAUGCAUCCAAAUGCAGUGGAUCCUUACAAGAAGAACUGAAGUCAGCCCGGAUACAAAUCAAUGAACUGAGUGGAAAAGUGAUGAAACUCCAAUAUGAAAAUCGUGUACUGUUAUCUAAUGUGCAGCGCUAUGAUCUUGCCUCUCACCUAGGUUUGCGAACAUGCAGCCCCAGGGAUAGUGAUGCUGAGAGUGAGACAGGAAAGAAAGAGUAUGACAGUGAAGAAAGUCAUCUACCUCAACCAAGGAGAGAAGGACCUAUUGGAGGUGAAAGUGAUUCUGAAGAUGUAUAUGAAAAGACAUCAGGUUUUGGGAGUGGGAAACACUCAGAAGUUAGUUACUUGUGUUCCAUUGAUUUAUCAAGGGCCAAAGAGAACUCAGAAUCACUGAUCGGUAUCAAAUAUGAGGCUGAAAGGCUUGAAAGAGCUAUGGAACGCCUUGUCAUUGAUACAGACAAUUUAAUAUAUGAAACAAAAGUCCAAAUAAAUAGCAGUACUUCCUCUCAGCAAAUUUUUAAAAAAAGUGAGGGGAAAAAGGGGAACAACAACGAACCAGAACUUUUAAGCACUAUUAAUUCAAGGAUGAAACAUUUUCAGAAAGAACUGCAAACCUUCUUGGAGAAGGUUGAUAACAUUGGGGCUGGCUUCAAAGAACAACUGGAAGAUCUUUCCCCUCUUCCACACCUUACAGAGUCCUCUAGUUUCCUUUCCACAAUGACAUCCAUCUCUCGAGAUUCACCCAUUGGAAAUCAAGGAAAGGAAUUAGUUAUAGAUUUCCAGUCCAAACAAAAGGAUCAGAUGGAAUGGCAGCGCAGCCCAGACCAUGGAGAUGAGAAAGAGAUUCAUCAACAACAAGGCACAACAGAACCACAUGGCAGAACUGAUGGAGACCUUAAAUUCUACAGGCCAGAAAACAAGAAUUGUUUCAGUCUAGAGAAUGUAUCGAUACAGGAGCUUCAGACUCAGCUAGAACAAGAGAUGAAACUUCGACAAGAAGAGCAAGAAACCUUUUCAGAAAGGAUAAUUCAGUUGGAAGAAGAACAUCUGCAAAACUUGCAAAGAAAAGAUUUGGAGGUACAAAGCUUGACUUUACAGAACAAACUAGAAGAGAAAACGUGGAGUCAGGAGAAAAUUCUGAUGGAUCAAGAACUCAGACAUUUCAAGCAGAACAUUUUUAUCCUAUAUGUGAAAUUGAAAUGGCUGCUAAAACAUUGGCGGCAUGGCAGGCAAAUAGAGAAGCAAGAAGAAGACAUACUUGAGGUAGAACACCUUGAUCCCAUGCUAGAAUUCACCUUUCAAACUGAACAAAAAGGUGACGAAGAGAGGGAAGAAGAGGAGGAAGAAGAUACUGUUUUUGCAAUGACAAAUUACUCCCAUCAUUCCACAGUAGAAAGAACCAGCCAUGGACCACAACUACAGACAGCAGAGAUGUUGCAGCUACAAAAGCAGGCAAAGGAUAAUAGCCGACUCUUGCAUGCCCUGAAAAUGUUGUUGGAUAACUUCCAAUCAGAACUCCAAGAUGAUGAGCAAGAGCGUCAUGAUUUGCAACAGCAAUAUGCCACUGACAAAGCUGCAUGGGAAAUGGAAUGGGCUACACUGAACUGUCAGCUGGAGCAGCUGGAAGGGAAGACUGAAAAAGCACAGAGUCAGACUGGCGUUGAUGCCACAACAGCUUUCAAAAGGGAGAGAGAGGAACACAAGAACCUCUUAGCAGAGAGUCAUCGAUUAGUAAUGGACUUGCAAUGGCAAAUUCAGCACAAUGAAAAAAACUGGAAAAGAGAAAAAAUAGAGCUUUUAGAAAGACUUGACAAAGACCGGCGAGAGUGGGAGAGGCAAAAAAAGGAUCUGCUCAGGAAGGUAGAACAGGAAGAAGAAAUGCACAAGGGAAAUCUACAAAGGGCAAUGUCAGUUUCCUCCAUGUCAGAGUUCAAGCGUUUGAUGGACAUUUCUCCCUUUCUUCCUGAAAAGACUAUACCAUCCUCUAACACCAAAGAAGAUGCAACACCUCCAUUAUCUCCUGAUGAUUUAAAAUACAUAGAGGAAUUUAACAAAAAUUGGGAUUACAACACUACUGGAAGCCAGAGUGGAACUUUAGAAAGGCCUUCAGAUACAUGGGCAGAAAGGACGGAGAUGGGAAAGGCAGGAAAUAAUUCUGUUCCAGAUCCAUUCCAGCCAUCUUCAUGGUAUCUUACCACAAGUAUUACUAUGACAACUAACACCAUGACGAGUCCUGAACACUGCCAGAAACAGUCACCAAGAAGUCACAUUGAUACAGAAAAAAUAGGAGUUAGAGUCUUCCACAGUCCGCCAUUGGUUCGCAGGUUUGAUAACUCACUUGUCCCUGGUAGUGAAGGGAAAAAUCAGCCUGAGACAGACUUCUUGUUUCCUGUGACCAAAGCAAAAGGAAAUGUGGGUGAGAUCAAAAGUGCUUCAUCAGAAGUGUUUGGGAGAUGGUCCUGUGACCUCUCCAAACAUCAUAAUGAUUUCCUAGAAACUGGCCUUCAUCCAAUUGAACGUCCAAUCUGUACUACAGUGCGUUUUGCCUCAUCCUUGCACAAUCUGGAGCUGUCCAAAAACAUGAGCGAUGAUAUGAAAGAGGUAGCUUUUUCUGUCAGAAAUGCAAUACAUACGAGCUCAACAGAUCUUCAAUUCAGAGACACAGCUUGCCAAACUAAUGGAAUGAGAACAAUGGGGACUCAGACUACUCAAACUAUCAAUGUGGGCUUACAGACAGAUACUUUGCGUACACUCACUAGCAGUCCACAUAGAUGUCUGACACCAAAGGGGGGCUCUACACCUAUUUCAUCACCAACCAGAAGUUUAAGAAGCAGGCAAAUGGCUGCUGCUAUUGAAAAGGUCCAGGGCAAAUACGAACGAACAUGUUGCUCUCCAAAAUAUGGCUCCCCAAAAUUACAGAAAAAAGUUUGUUCCAAAACAGAUCAGCCAAUUAGCCGGACAUUACCAAGCACACCUCAGAAAGGAUUUAGUGAAUCUGCUUGGGCCAGAUCUACUACUACAAGAGAGAGUCCAGUUCACACUACAAUAAAUGAUGGCCUCUCUAGUCUAUUCAAUAUCAUUGACCAUACCCCUAUCACUUAUGAUACUUUCCAAAGAUGCUCCAGGUCCAGCAGCCGGUCAAGAUCAGCAGAACCCAGGCCAGAACUUGGAUCUAUGCAAGAUAUGUGCACAGAUAUGCGGGGCAGGUCACCCAGUCCUCUCCGUUUGGGUACAGACCCACAAAAAGACGAAACAGGUGAAAUUACAAAUAUCAGGCAAGAUUUAUCUGCUCCGCCAGGAUACAUGUUAACAGAAAAUGCUGCCAGAAUCCUGAACAAGAAAUUUAUAGAGAAUGCCUUAGCUUCACAUACCCCUCCAAGUCUUAGCAAUGAAAACCAUCACACAAAAGAAGUAGUCACAGUUGAACCAGGAUCCAUUGAGAACCAAACUGUCUUACUAACUGCCCCUUGGGGACCCUAACCCUGCCUGCCUCAGUACUGUAAGUCUUUCCUACCUUUGUUUCC